AUGGUCUAUAAAGGUUGUGAAGAUGGGUGGAUCAAGCGAGUCAUGCUAAAUUAUUCAGUGGUCGAGAAUUGGGUUCAUACCGGAGGUCGGCCUAUUGGAAUCGCAAUUGAUGAUUUCGGUGAUGUUUUUGUUGCCGACGCUUUUAAGGGUUUGUUGAACGUAAGUGUCGGUGGUGAGUUGGAGUUCUUGACAGAUGAGGCCGAGGGCAUGAAGUUUGGGUUAAUUAAUGGUAUAGUUGUUGCAAAAAAUGGUAUGGUGUAUUUUACAAAAAAUCGUUUGCAUCAAUGGUUUCACGACUUUCUAGAGGGUAGACCUCAUGGUCGAUUACUAAGCUAUGAUCCAUCAACGAAACAAACAAACAUGAUUUUCCGGGACCAUUACUUUGCUAAUGGGGUCGAACUCUCAUCAAACCAAGACUUUGUUAUCUUUUGUGAGACCUUUAUGAGGAAGUGUUCGAGAUAUUAUUUACAAGGAGAAAAGAAGGGAUCAAUCGAUGUUUUUGUAGACAACUUACCCGGUGUACCUAACAACAUAAGAUAUGAUGGAGAUGGGCACUACUGGCUGGUAAUACCAUGGGACAAUUCAUUUUCACUGAAAUUUAUUCAGAUAUAUCCAUUCAUACGCAAGAUUCUUGCAUUUACGAUUAAGUACCUACACAAAAUGCCCGAUUUCAUGAACUAUGGUCGAGGUAUUGCUUUGGAUUUGGAAGGAAAACCGAUUGGGGGAUAUUAUGAUAACACUUGGAUAUAUACAACAUCAGGGGUCAAGAUCGGGAAGCACUUGAACAUGGGUUCCAUCACAAGAUCGUAUAUUUUACGCCUUAAUCUUAUUCAAAAUCCUCUUGCUACUGCAACCUCGUGA